AUGAACUCUCCGGACUCACGAACUCUCCAGACUCACGAACUCUCCAGACUCACGAACUCUCCGGACUCACGAACUCUCCGGACUCACGAACUCUCCGGACUCACAAACUCUCCGGACUCACGAACUCUCCGGACUCAUGAACUCUCCGGACUCACGAACUCUCCGAACUCACGAACUCUCCGGACUCACGAACUCUCCGGACUCACGAACUCUCCAGACUCACGAACUCUCCGGACUCACGAACUCUCCGGACUCAUGAACUCUCCGGACUCAUGA